AUGCCUCCAGCUGGCGCCCAACCCCGUAAACCUGCUGCUCCCUCAGCAGCCAAUAAGGAAGCCAACGAAUAUAUCCCAUCCUUCAUCUCCAAGAAGCCCUUUUAUAUCGGCGACGACGACGAAGACUCCUCCAAAAACGACUACCUCGAACACCAACGUCUUCAGAAAGCGCAGUCCGACCAAUCCAAAUGGUACGAUCGGGGCAAGAGAGUCGGCCCAGCCGCGACCAAGUUCCGCAAAGGCGCCUGCGAAAACUGCGGUGCCAUGACGCACAAGACGAAAGAAUGUCUAAGCCGGCCGCGUGCCAAAGGCGCGAAGUGGACUGGGAAGGAUAUUCAAGCCGAUGAGCUGGUACAGGAUGUCAAUUUGGGGUGGGACGCGAAGAGAGAUCGCUGGAACGGGUAUGACGCGAAAGAGUAUACGCAUGUGAUUGAGGAGUUUGCGCAGAUGGAGGAGUUGAAGAAAAUUGCGCACCAUGCGACAACUAAAGAGGACGAGGAUGAAAAGGGAGAGGAUGGUGUGAAAUAUGCAGAGGAGUCGGACAUGGGGAGACAGCAGGCUACUUCGGCAAAACAGCUGCGCAUUCGAGAGGACACGGCGAAGUAUCUCCUCAACUUGGAUUUGGACUCUGCGAAAUACGAUCCCAAAACUCGGUCUAUGGUAGAUAGUGGUGCGACGGUGGAUACAGCUGCCGCUCUGGUAGCAGAAGAAGGUUUCAUGAGGGCCUCUGGAGACGCCGCUGAAUUCGAGAAGGCGCAAAAAUACGCUUGGGAGUCGCAAGAAAAAGCUGGUGAUACGAAACAACAUCUUCAAGCUAAUCCUACAGCAGGAGAAUAUCAUCGAAAGAAAGAGAAAUUGGAAGCGGAGGCGAAAAAGGCGGCGCACAAGAAGAUGCUUUUCGAGAAAUACGGAGAAGAUGUCAAUCCACUCGCAGCCAAGCUCCGAGAAACUGCUGUCCUAGAAUCCGAGAAAUACAUCGAGUACGAUGAAUCAGGCGCCAUCAAAGGAGCUCCUAAAACCAAAGCCAAGUCAAAAUACCCCGAGGAUGUACUGAUCAAUAAUCACACACUCACAUGGGGAAGUUGGUGGGCGAAUUUCCAAUGGGGUUACGCGUGCUGUCACUCCCUGGUCAAAAAUAGUUACUGUACGGGUGAGGAAGGAAAGGCUGCUUUUGAAGAAGCCUCCGGUAUGCGAUCUGGUGGAGCUCUGAAUGGUGAAGCACCCGCAAAGGAGAUUGAGUGGCCUCCAAAUGCCGCUGAUAAUUCAGAUAGGGAAGAGGUCAGUCCCCAGGCUAGCAAGAAGCGGACAAUAGAAGAGAUGAAAGACCGUGUUACUGAGGAAGAUAUGGACAUCUACAGGAGAAAAAGAAUAGCUGCUAAUGAUCCAAUGGCCGCCUUCUUGGGCAAGGAUGAAUUAUUAGCAUAG